UUUCUCCCCCCCCCCCUUAUCUUCUUGAAACAAACUCCAAGUGUGUUCAUUUUAUAUGCAGGUUGAAGUGUAGGCGCCAAACACAGGCUGCCUUUUUAUAUCUUUUUGAGGGCAGUCCCUCAGCAGGAGCCCUUUCUUCUCCCUUUUCUUUAUAGCAAAAAGAAGCAAUAUUUACCUCUUCCUUCGUUCAUUUUUGCUGCGUUUUGCUAAACCUAUUUCUUUCUUUCUUUUCCCCUGUGUUUCGACUGUCAUCUCUCUAGCUAGCGUAAUCCUCGUAGCAGUUCAGCAAUUACCAGUCAGUAAAAAGUGGCUUACUAAAACAGAGCUAAUUUGAAAGCACUGAAUUAUCUGUGGCAGAUGUGGCUGGGCUGCAUAGUUUGGAAACAUCUUUAAGAACCAAACUUACAUUGCUGUAUUAAAUGGAAAUAGGAGCUGGCUUUCUGAUGCUAAGGGAGCAAAACAGUUCAAAACAUGCAAAAUGCUGAAGCCUGCAUCCUGCAGUCUGACAUGCUAGCACCUCUGGAGCGGCUAAUUGGCCUUAACAGAUCUGAUUGCAGAAUACUGUAUACCUUAUAGUGUACACUCUUUAAGUAUGUCUUGUCCAUACCUAAAUAAAGGUGUAGUUGAAAUUGGGAGAGUGGCCCACUAUCUGUCAGAGACAGUAUAUUUUUUUCAUUUAAAAUGCAGCGCGCACAUUGUUUGGUUUCUACCAGCAGUGCAGUUCAUAUCUAAAAAACAAAACAGUGCAUUUGCUGAAUUUCUCAGAAUUAUUUAAGCUGAGUUUUAUUUAAGUUUUCAUUCUCUAAACUAGCAGCUAUUUAAACUCCAGCUAUUUGCACAAGAUUGAAAAUAAAAUUAACAGGAGUCCUAUAUUUUUUCAGUUUUCAGGUAAAAGAUAGCAGAUCCUUAGUACCUGUAUGGCUACGGUGUGCAAAACCCACCUUUUAAAUCUGAGGAACUGUAGUACUUUACACCAGUUAGUGAAACUUAUUUAGGAAGUCUGGGGAAACUUGACAGUGUUGAUUUUUAUUUUAAUUUAUUACAAAGAUUGGAAGCAGAUCAGAAAAAUGAUUAUUUUGGAGGAAUACAUGGAAUCUACCUACACUUUAUCCUUUAAAUUUUAUUAUAAGCUAUGUGACAGUAAUGGCUUUAUUUUAUUUGUAAAAACCUUCUUCAGACUUAAUUUCUUUAUGUAAUCCCUAGUUUAACAUAUUACUAUAGAGAUUGCUUGCGUCCUUUCCAGUUAGAAAAAUAAAUAGCAAAAUGCAAAAUACAUUGGUUGACUAUUGCGAGUACAAUAUUUGAACGUUUUGAGUACUGAAGGCAAAAUAUAAAAGCGUGAAGAUCUGAAUCUAAAAAUGGAUGGUCAAAGAUUUUGAAAGCAGAGGAACUGUUUUGCCAAAUAAGGAGACUUGGAACAUUCUGCUUUGUAUUUUAAGAUAGCAGAAGUGUAGUACUACUUUAUUGGCAAUACUUUGGCAGCAUGCCUAACCAAAACAAAUACUGAAAACUGCUUUGGCUCAUUUACAGAAUCAUAAAUGAGGCCAAAGGAAUGAAUAAUUUAGUUGUUUCCUUUAAUAAAUUGUGAUGAGAUUGCUAAAAUUAAGCCAAAUAAUUGUGUAUUUAAAUAGCUCUAGAUAUAUGUGCAGUUGUGGCAGAUCAGUACUCUGUUUUAUAAAUCCACAAACCUAGCAUAGGUAUUUUGGAAUGGAGACAAAUUCAGGUUGUAUUAACUAUCUUACUUUGUUGUGUCUCUCAUUUCUAAAACGUUUGAUGGCAACUCAUUUUACCUUUAUGAGAAGUAAAUGAGAAGAGUAGGUAGUGCUUACCAAGGCACUAUAAAGCAGCAAGUUCUGCUUCACUAGUUUACAAGCCCUUUAAAGAGUUGGAGUGAACUGGCUGGAUUCUCUCAGAUUCCAAAAUGCAGCACAGCACAACCUGAGGUUGGAUUAAUUAAUUUAUGCUAUUCUCCCUCUCGCCCCAUGCUGUGGGAAUUCCUUCUCAUCACAGGCUGGGCCCCAGGAACCAUGUCUCUUUGCAGGUGCUGAUAAGGUCAUGUGACAAGAGUAAAGGCCAAAAAAGCUGAUGGCAGGUGCCUCUCGUCUCCUAUGGUUCCCACAAUAUCCAUAUUUGAAGAAAGGCUGGAGAGAUCAAACACCCUUCUUGUCUCAUUCCCAAUAAAGGAAUUAGGAAGAAAUUUUGCUUCAUCUUCCCUGUAUUGAUUACUUACACUGAUGAGUGAAUGGGGCCCAUAGUUAAAUAUGGACAGUAGCAGCUAGUUGACAGAUGUAAAUAAAAGUUCAGCAUGUUCAAAGCCAUAUUGAAUCUUAAUAUGGUCUGCUGAAGUUGGGAUACACAGCAAUAUACAGUAAUAGAUUCCUGGUCAGGGAAUCAAAAUAGAAAUUUAACAUACAAUAAAAUGUUUUUUUUGAACCUUUUCUCUUUGGUGUUAAGGUCAAUAAUUUCUGAGAUCCUUACAACAGUAAUGUAUUAUAAAGAGAAAAGGAACACAAAGGAGAUUACUUUGUUUCCCAGUUGCAUGACUUCCUACUCAUGUUAACUGUUAGAAAUCAAAACUGGAAUUCAGGAAAGGAAACUUUUUUUUACUAGGUGAUUGGUGACUUUAAAAUACUUGAGACAAGUAAAGACUUCAGAUGCUUGUCAUUCAGUUUUACUGAGUUGCUCCAUCUUCAUUUAAUAGAUGACAAAGCCCGUCAACAUUGCCUACCCCACUGAAAUAGCACAGUAACAGCAGUUAGAGUUUCUGUAUUGUGUUUCUGAAAAAAUGACAGGGCUAUGGGAUGUAUGAAUAUUCAAGAAACUGUUUUCCUUCUUUCGAAGAGAACUACCAUGGAAAACUAUUUCAGUGGAAGAAUACUUUUACUAGAAAGAUAUAAAUCUGAAAAUGCAUUGCUCAAGACUGGAGGAAUGGUGCAUUUUGGAGGCCAAAACUAUAAAAAUUCAGCCUCAGGCCUAAUGAAACAUAGGAAUUUUCUUUUGACCCACUAUGUAAGAGUAGAUAUGCCACACAAUUGUAAAAUAUCUCUUAAAACAUGAUGACAGUUUAAUUAAUAACUGUAUGUAUAAUCAUCUCAUAAGUAGUGACUCCAAACAUUUUAAUUCCUUUGUUCUGAGGGAGAAAUCUUUCUAAUUGAGGAUUAACUAUCUUGUAUCCAUAGAUAUGAAGUAACAUUCAAAAAUGUCUAUUUUUUAAUCCAGAAGAGGAUGUGUUUAUGCAUGACAGUGCUAUUAAUUUCAGUUACCUGUAUUCAUGGUUACCUGCAAAUAUCUUCAUUGUGUUCUUUGGAAGAUAGAUUUUGAAGAAUGCAGUAUGAACCAGUGAAUCAUCCUUAAAAUAUAUUAAUGAUUUUGUUGUGGAACAUUUUGUCAUUAUGAGAUGUCGUCUACCAGUGCUUCAUUUGUGCAAAUUAAAUUCGAUGACUUGCAGUUCUUUGAAAACUGCGGCGGAGGGAGUUUUGGGAGUGUUUAUCGAGCCCGAUGGAUAUCACAGGAAAAAGAGGUGGCUGUGAAGAAGUUGCUGAAAAUAGAGAAAGAGGCAGAAAUACUCAGUGUGCUCAGUCACAAAAACAUCAUUCAGUUUUAUGGAGCCAUUCUUGAACCUCCUAAUUAUGGCAUUGUUACAGAAUAUGCUUCUGCUGGCUCAUUGUUUGAUUACAUUAAUAGCAACAAAAGCGAAGAGAUGGAUAUGGAUCAGAUCAUGACCUGGGCAACUGAUAUAGCUAAAGGAAUGCACUAUUUACAUAUGGAAGCUCCCGUCAAAGUAAUACACAGAGAUCUGAAGUCCAGGAAUGUUGUUAUAGCUGCUGAUGGAGUAUUAAAGAUCUGUGAUUUCGGUGCCUCAAGGUUUCACUCCCAUACAACGCACAUGUCCUUAGUGGGCACCUUCCCUUGGAUGGCCCCAGAAGUUAUCCAGAGCCUUCCAGUAUCUGAAACAUGCGAUACAUAUUCAUAUGGUGUGGUUCUCUGGGAGAUGCUAACAAGGGAGGUCCCCUUUAAAGGCUUGGAAGGAUUACAAGUAGCUUGGCUUGUAGUGGAAAAAAACGAGAGAUUAACCAUUCCAAGCAGUUGUCCCAGAAGUUUUGCAGAACUGAUGCGUCAGUGUUGGGAUGCUGAUUCAAAGAAAAGGCUGUCUUUCAAGCAGAUCAUUUCAAUUCUGGAAUCCAUGUCAAAUGACAGAAACCUUCCAGACCAAUGUAACUCAUUCCUGCAUAACAAGGCUGAAUGGAGAUGUGAAAUUGAGGCAACUUUAGAGAGACUAAAGAAACUGGAGCGUGAUCUGAGCUUUAAAGAGCAGGAGCUAAAGGAACGGGAGAAACGUUUAAGGAUGUGGGAGCAGAAGUUAACAGAACAGUCCAAUACUCCUUUGCUGCCUUCCUUUGAUAUAUGCGCAUGGACUGAAGAAGAUGUGUAUUUUUGGGUUCACCAGCUUGUUAGAAAAGGUGAUACUUCUGGCGACAUGAGCAUUUAUGCCAACUUUUUUAAGAAACAUCAUAUUACUGGGAAACGAUUGCUUCUUCUAGAAGAAGAUGAUUUAAAGGAUAUGGGAAUUGUUUCUAAAGGACACAUCAUUCACUUAAAGACUGCUAUUGAGAAGUUAACUCACGAUUACCUAAACAUGUUUCACUUUCCACCGUUAACUAAGGAUUCUGCAAGCGGAAGUGAAGAAAACGUGGAGAAAACAGUGAACCUUGAACUUGUUUUUGGCUAUCACUUGAAACCAGGAAAUGGUCCACAGGACUGCAAGUGGAAAAUGUACAUGGAGAUGGAUGGGGAUGAAAUUGCAAUAACCUACAUAAAAGAUGUGACAUUCAACACUAACUUACCAGAUGCAGAGAUUUUAAAGAUGACAAAGCCACCGUUUGUAAUGGAAAAAUGGAUUGUGGGAAUAGAAAAAAAACAAACUAUAGAAUAUAUCAUUACAUAUGAGAGUGAUGUUAGAACCCCCAAAAUCACAAGACACAUCCAAGCAAUUCAAUGGAGCAAAAUAAAAGCACAGGAUGAAUUGAAGUCAAUACAGCUUGUGAUACAGACUUCUCUCCCAAACUCGGAGGGCAAGCCACGAAGCAGGUCCAACUCAAGUGUUGACAGUCAGUGGAUGCAGACUCUGAGAAUGCAUCAUAUAGCUAAAAGCACUUCACUUCAGCACUCAAGACCCCACAGUCCCACUACAGUAACCCAUUUUCUACCAUACCUUCAGAACCAAGAUUCCUAUGCUGCUGCUGUAAGACGGACACGAACUCCCAUCAACUAUCAGUUUACAUCUAUAAAUCAUUCUAGAAAUUCAUCUCCAGUCUCAUAUGGAUUGACAAGAAACCUGUCAUCUCUACAUAUUAAUUCAAAGGGUAGUAGUACAUCUAGUACAGCUUCUGAUACCCCUUCAGAAAGGGACAAAUCUGCAGGCAAAAACAGGAAUAGUUACCAUGGCGGUGACUCUCACAGUUCAUCCAUAAAUGGAAGAUACAGUGGACAAACUCCUCCUGUAGCAUCUAAAAACUCUGGAAAAGUAAACAGGACUCCGCAGCCAACACUGAAUCCAUCAAGGUCAUACAGCCGCAAAAAUAACACAUACAAUCCCCGUAAGUCCAUACCAGGUAUGCCUUCAAAAACUGAAAGUGAUCCUAAAGCAAAAGAAGAAGAGAGUAAAGUUAGUGAAGGUGGAUGGAUAAAAGUACAACAUUCCAAGAAAUCUCACAGACAGAGUACUGGCAAAACAAAUAAGGAGAGAUCCAAGGGAACCUGGCAAGGACGGAGAAUAUUCUGAGGAAGCAGUUUUCUGAUAUUUCCUUAGUAGCAUAAUUAAAAGCGGGCAGCUGAGGAGCACUGGCACUGAUUAUGUGGGGAGUGUCGGAAUGGAGGCAGGGAGCACUGGACGUGGUAGGGGGCCAUGCUUGGCAUGGGCUCGCUCAAGCUCUAGGUUCUGGGAAGGCAGGUGUCCCCAUGUCAGCCUUAUUUUCCCUUCCCUUGCUGCGUGGCCAACAGCUACUGCAUUAACCUUGUUCAGCUGCCGCCAAAUUAAGGCUUUUACAUACAAAUCAGUGGCAGCUAUAAAAGGGUGAAAUUUACAGCUGUUGUAACAGUAGCAUCUCCUAUGGGGAGACAAAGUGAGGCUGAUGAAGGGACUCCACACACCUGUCCCCACAGCAGGAACCUCCAGUCCCUGGAUAAGCCUGCACCAUAGCAGGUAAGAUUUUGCCCACUUACCCCACCUUUGUUCUCCAGUGCUCAGUAGAUGCUCCCCCCUGCCCCCCAGCACUUUGUUCAAGGCACAAAAAUAGGUAGCUCUACCUCUAUUUGUAGAGGGUUUUUCCUGCUUUGUAUUUAACAGAAUAUUUUGUUCAAAGAGUAUACAAAGAUCCACUUUUAUUGAAAUAUACUCACCAUUUGUACAUAGCCUUUAAUUAAAGAUCCUACCUUGCACUGAGACCACAGCCAUGCCCAGAACUGGCAUUAGUCGCGAAGAACACCAGCCAAUGACAACACUAGGUGGCAAUAAAUUGUUUUUGUUCAAAUUUCAGUGAACUGUGGCUGAAUUUUCCUUCUGUCCCUUGUCUGCUCAUGUCCUUGGUUGGGGUGGGUGCCCAUUACAUUUGCUUUCUAUGUCAGUAGAAAUUAAGACACAGCUGGAUAUCAUGACAAAAA